AUGGAGGCGUCGGAGCCGAAGGCGGAUACGCUGGCGGAAGAUCUCUUUGGCGAUGACGACCAGAUGAUGAGCGAGCGCCCUGCGCGUCCUGCGCCGGUCGAGGAGGACUCGAGCGAUGUGGAUUCGCUCGAGGACCCCGAGAAAAGCGCGCUCGAAUACCGCGAAGAGGACGAGGCGCCGCAGGCGCCGGUCGUCGAGGAGCAGACCGCGUGGCUGAACCUCGCCCAGGCGCCGGUGCGCCGCACGAAGCCGACGGUGAUUGCGCGCCUGCCCAACUUUGUGCGGUACAGCGACGAGCCGUUCGACGCCGCGACCUGGAACGAGCAGCACGAGGAAGACAUGUUCCAGAGCGGCUCGGAGCUCGGCGACAAGGACGCGCGCAGCAUCCUGCGCACCUCGAAUACCAUGCGCUGGCGCUGGCAGAAGAGCGACAAGGGCAUCACGCCCCAGUCGAACGCGCGCAUCGUGCGCUGGAGCGACGGCUCCGAGUCGCUCCAGCUCGGCGCCGAGUUCUUCGACGUGUCCAAGCACGCCGAGUCGAGCGCGCCGACGGCCGACGGCGGCAAGGUCCCGCUCACCUACCUCUUUGUUCCGCACGCGAAAGAGGGCGUGCUGCAGGCCGAGGGGCCGGUGCGCACCGCGCUCACCUUCAAGCCGAACCUCAACUCGGAGACGCACCAGAAGCUCGCGAGCGCCAUCAAGCACCAGCGCAGCGCGCGCGUCGUCGCGGGUCAGGAAAUGUUUGGCCUGGACCCGGAGCGCGAAAAGGAGCGCAUCGAGCGCCAGCUCAAAGAGUCGGAACGCAAGCGCCAGCGCGAACGCAACAAGGCAAUGCGCGACGACGACGACUACGACGAGCUCGGCCUGAACGCACGGCGACACGGCGCGCGGGGCGCGUCGCAGCGCUCGCGCGUGUACGCAGACUUUUCGGACGACGACGUGGACGCGCCGCGUGCGCAGCGGCGCAAUAUCGACUAUGACGACGACGACGACGACGACGGGUUCAUUGUCCACGACGAGACGGACGAGGAGGCCGACGCGCCGGCGUCCGACGACGAGACCGACUUGGCCGACCGCAACAUUGAGGCAUUUGAGCGCCAGCGCCGCGAGGAGCGGGAAGCGGAUAUGAACCGCGGCAAGCGCGCUCUAUCGGAAGAAUAG